AUGAAAUUGUAUCAAAAUGGUUUAAGUAUAAUCGCAAAUGAUUAUAAUGUAAAUGAUUGUGUUGGGAUCCCAAUACAUACAGUUGAUAGAACAAACACGGAGCCAAAAUAUUUACCAUGUCUUAUUAUAGAAAAAAUGGCAAAAAAUGACACUUUUUUAUAUAAAAUAAUUUCCCAGUAUGGUGCUUUAGCAAAUACAUUUGAAAUUGGACAAUUCCAUGAUUUAAAAGAUGCUUGUCCUCAUGAAUUGAAAAACAUAGAUGUUGAUAAUUUAAAGCCAAUAACCAUUAUUGAAGGAUCGAAGCUUUAUUCUCGUGGCUCCACUACCGGACGUACUUGUAAUUGUCGAACCAAUUGUGCAACCAAAACAUGUCCAUGUAAAAAAGAAAAUGUAUUCUGCUCAACAAAGUGCCACUCAAAAAGAGGUGGACGUUUAAACAUGGAAUAG